AUGAAGGCUUCUACAGUUCUCGGUCUCUUUAUUGCCUAUGCAGCUACUACUAGUGCGAUUCCAGUCAAACAAAGGGACCAGGAAGUUGAGAUCACCUUCGUUGGCGCUGCCGACGCCCAAUUCACUCAAAGCAUCCCCACUGAUGGAUCUAUUGUCUCCAUUGAAAACCCAUUGAGCAUCUCGCAUAUCUCAUCCAACACUGCCGGGGUGCAGUGUACCUUUGACGGCAUUGAUCACAGCGUGACAAUUGUCAACGGAGCCCAAUUGGUAGAUGUUGGCCCUCCACAAACCCAGGUGACUGGAUCUUGCCAGGUCCAGGGAUCGGAUUCAUCCCCUGCACCUCCUGCCACCAAUCCUGAUCCUACUGGGGAUCAAGUGCAUGUAACUUUCAUUGGAGCUGCCGAUGCUCAGUUUACUCAGAGUUUCCCGUCCAAUGGCGAAUGGGUUCAAAUUGUGAACCCUCUGAGCAUUUCCCACAUUCAAACCAGCACUGAGGGCAUUACUUGCAUAUUCAAUGGCAUUGACCACAGUGUGACUACUGUUACUGGCACCCAGUUGGUCGAUGUCGGACCCCCACAGACCCAGGUCUCGGGCUCCUGCGCAUGA